GCGUCGCGUUUGUCACGCAUUGCGCAGACGCGCCCCGGAUCCGCUGGGCGUUUGUGCUGCUGGCGGGGUAAAAUCAGCAGCUAGACGUUAAACUACACGAACUCCAGAUGUGCAGAGGCUCGAGCAAUAGUCAAAACCUCUGGAUUAUAUAAUCUUUGCUCAUACUCGGAAGUGCACUGCAAAUCAAGGCGCGAGGACUUCUGAACCAGAUCUUUGUCGGCAGCUGACUGAAUUAAUGACAUCCAGCAUCAUCUUCCCCUCUGAUUCAGAAGUAACAUAUUCAUUCUACUCGUCAUUUCCUGUGUUGUGAUUGGCUCGUCUCUUCCCCUUCCUCCGUUCUCAUUGGCUAUCUGGGAUUACAUCGUCUGUUAGUGCCAGUCCCAUUAAAGCAGGUGAAAACAUGGAGCCCAUUUACGCCACAGGGAUGGCCGCGAAGCUGCGGAGUCAGUGGGACCGGGAUGCGGGUUUGGGUCAGAACCACAAUGCCGUGAAGCUCCUGGGCCAGGAUUACGAGUCACUGAGGUCCCAGUGCCAACAGACCAGGACCCUGUUUGAGGACCCUCUGUUCCCAACCAGCGCUUCUUCACUGGGAUUCAAUGAGCUGGGUCCACGGUCCUCCAAGACGCAUGGUGUGCGGUGGAUGAGACCGACGGAGAUUUGUAUGCGUCCCCAGUUCAUCAUGGAUGGAGCGACUCGUACCGACAUCUGUCAGGGAUCUCUGGGUGACUGUUGGUUGCUGGCAGCCAUCGCGUCUCUGACUCUAAACGAUGACCUCCUGCACCGCGUGGUGCCACAUGGCCAGAGCUUUGACGGCGGAUACGCGGGAAUAUUUCACUUUCAGUUCUGGCAGUUCGGCGAGUGGGUGGACGUGGUGAUUGACGACCGGUUGCCCGUGAAGGACGGGAAGCUGUUGUUUGUUCACUCGGCGGAGGGUGGAGAGUUCUGGAGCGCUCUGCUGGAGAAGGCCUACGCCAAGCUGAACGGCUGUUAUGAGGCUCUGUCGGGCGGCAGCACGUCUGAGGGCUUUGAGGAUUUCACAGGAGGAGUCACAGAGAUGUACGAGUUGAAGAAAGCACCCGCUGAUCUCUUCAGCAUCAUUGGCCGUGCCAUCGAGAGAGGAUCGCUGCUGGGCUGCUCUAUAGAUAUCACCAGUAAGUUUGACCAGGAGGCGGUGACCUUCAAGAAGCUGGUCAAAGGUCACGCAUACUCAGUGACCGCAGUGGAAGAGGUGGUGUACAGGGGAAACAUGACUAAGCUGGUGCGCAUCAGGAACCCGUGGGGUGAAGUGGAGUGGACGGGAGCCUGGAGUGACGACUCUCGGGAAUGGGACAAUGUGGACCGCUCUGUCCGGGGCAGAUUACAGAACCGCAGCGAGGACGGAGAGUUCUGGAUGUCGUUCAGUGACUUCCUGCGUGAGUUCAGUCGGCUGGAGAUCUGUAACCUGACGGCAGACGCGCUCCAGGCGGGUCAGGUGAAGAAGUGGAGCACGUCGCUCUAUCAGGGCGAGUGGAGGAGAGGAAGCACGGCCGGCGGAUGCAGGAACUUCCCAGCCACAUUCUGGAUCAACCCUCAGUUCAAGGUGACCCUAAAACACCCGGAUUCUCCCGGCCAAUCGGAUUGCAGCUUCCUGGUGGCGCUGAUGCAGAAGGACCGCAGGAAGAAGCGGAGAGAAGGACAGGACAUGGAGACCAUCGGAUUCGCCAUUUAUGAGGUGCCAAGAGAGUUUGUGGGGAAGUCAGGUGUUCAUCUGAAGCGGGAUUUCUUCCUGACUAACGCGUCCAGCGCUCGCUCGGAGCUCUUCAUUAACCUGCGGGAGGUGAGCUCACGCUUCCAGCUGCCCGCCGGCGAGUACAUCAUCGUACCCUCCACAUUCGAGCCGCAGAAAGAGGCCGACUUCGUGCUCAGAGUUUUCUCAGAGAAACCCGCCAACUCGGAAGAAAUGGAUGAUAAAGUCACGGCUGAUAUUCCAGAGGAGCAACGUCUGGACGAGAGUCAGAUUGACGCCGGGUUUAAGAGUCUCUUCAGACAGCUGGCUGGAACGGACAUGGAGAUCAGCACGACGGAGCUGCAGACCAUCCUGAACCGAAUCAUCUCCAAACAUAAAGAUUUAAAGACGGACGGGUUUGGAAAGGAGUCGUGCCGAAGCAUGAUCAACCUCAUGGACACGGACGGCAGCGGGAAGCUCGGACUCACAGAGUUUCACGUGUUGUGGGAAAAGGUUAAACGCUACCUGCAAAUCUUCAGAGACCAUGACGUGGAUAAAUCAGGCACUAUGAGCUCUUAUGAGAUGAGAAGAGCUCUGGAAGCAGCAGGCUUUAAGCUGAACAAUCAUUUAUUCCAGCUGAUCAUCCUUCGGUACACAGAGGAAGAUCUGUCUGUGGAUUUCGACAACUUUGUCACCUGUUUAGUGCGUCUGGAGACCAUGUUCAAGACCUUCAAGACGCUGGACACAGACGCUGAUGGAUUCAUAUCGCUCACGUUCUUUCAGUGGAUUUCUCUGACCAUGUUUGCCUGAAAUGGACACAGAUUUUUGCCGUUCGUCUGCACUGAGACUGAUCUGUAGUCCUGCCAUCUGAAGAGUGCCUUCAUUUUUAUACUUCUGUAAUGCAUUUCUAUGGGAUAAACAGCCUUAAUGAUGCAACCCCGUUUACAUAGUCCACAUGCGAAACAAUGUGCCAAACGCGUUUCUAAAGCCAAGAGAAAAACAUUUACAGCAUGUUUUUGAUCAUUUCUGGAUCGAGCUGCAUGCAUUUCUCCAGAUGAAACUCUUUCUGUGCCAAAUGAAUCAUUGCCAAUUUCAAUCAUUCUUCAUUUUUAUCGCCAUAUUUUAUGAUCAUGAGCUGCAUAUCUUUCAGUGAAUGUCAUAUCUUAAUGCUGUUCGUAUAAAGACCGCUGUAUUAGACAUGCAUGCGCUGGUGAUGCUGUAGAUCGAACCUAGCUUUACUUACUGAAGGGGAUUUGGUUUAGACUGAAUUUCAUGCAUGCAGCUGUUUUAUGGGACAAACUGUUAGAGAUGUACUAAAAAACCAAAGGAUCUUUUAACAAGCGAAAAGGGACAUACACUUUUUAAAAAUGCCAUAUGCAUUCCUUUAGUUCUGUUUAUAUGAACGAUGCAAAACAUCCAUUUAAUGCAAUCUAGAAAGGAGCAACAGAACUGGGAACAGAUUGAAUCUGAUUUUCAUAUACGCAGAACCAUGAGCUUUAACAAGACGGCACUUUUCUUUUAAUAGAAAGAUGAGUAUGAAAAAGUGGAGGAUUUUCUUUUUUCCCCCCAAUGCCAAGCAAAAUGUUUUUUUUUUUUUCAAUGUUGAUUCAUUUAUGUGGGUUUUCAAUAAACUUUCUUUUAAAGU